AUGAUGCUAUACAAAUCCUGGUUAGCUCAUAUUGUCAAUCUUAUGUGUUCAUUACAAAGACAUGAUACAUCUAUCUCAUAUCAUAUUCUAUUUGUGGUCCUUAAAGGGAAAAGGGUAGAGGCUUCAAAUCAGGUCAGAGGGGGGUACGAUGAUUCUGUAGCUUCAGAAGUUUGCCGCCAAUUUGAUCAACACAUCGAGGCUAACCUCCAUUUCAGGGACGAAAUCGUUUCUGAUUUGAUGCUUCAAUGCCUUCCUUCAUACAAACAGGUAAGCUGA